AAAAUAUCAUAUUAAUGUAAGAUAAUAAUCGCACAUUUGGGAUAAUUUAAGAUGUCACAUCCAAUUCUGUCUGUUUUGCACUUAAAUGUCAAAUUGUCUACUUCAUUUAUAUGUUUGCAGCCACAAAACUAUUACCAGGCACAAACUUUAAAGGUUUUCCUGACCCAAAAGGAAAGGUUUUGAUGUAUAAGAUAAAUGGAUUGAAUACGUACCUUUUGACACUCAUACUUAUAAUAAUAGGUAAGACUUUUUUUAAUUUUACAUUAAUUCCAUUGAUUGAAUAUUUUUGGUCAUUUUUUAUUGCCUCAAAUAUUUUGGCUUUUGUGUUCUCUUUUAUUUUAUUAAUAAAAGGAAAAAUUAGUACGCAUUAUAAGCCACAUAUUCAAACUUGGACUCCUCAAUUAUUUAAUGAUUGGUGGUUUGGAUCAGAAUAGAAUCCUAGAAUCUUAGAUGUUGACAUAAAAAUGUAUUUUUAUGAACCAUCAUUGAUUGGAUUAUAAAUAUUCUUGUUAUCAUUCGCCGAAUACUAAUACAAUACUUAUUCUCUAUUAUCGACAAAUAUGAUUUUGUUUUAAGUUUUUUGGUUUAUGUGGCUUAUCACACAUUAUAUUAGAGAAGAUUUUAUGUUAUCAACAUGGGAUAUUAUUGCUGAAAAUUUUGGAUUUAUGUUAGUUUGGGGAGACAUUGUUUAUUUACCUUAUCUAUAUUGUAUUGGUGGAUGGUACUUAGGUGACUUUGUAUAGAAUAGUUCUGGUAUAUAUCUGUUGUUCAUUACUUUGUUGCAUUUUAUUUCAUUGUACAUGUAUAGAGAUUCAAAUUGGUAAAAAGAUAGAUAUAGAAGACAAGGUGAUAAAGCAAUAAUUUGGAAUAAAAAACCUUAAACUCUAUAGAAUAAAUUAUUAAUUAGUGGAUGGUGGGGUAUUGGUAGACAUCUCAACUAUACAGGAGAGAUUUUAGUUUAUUUUUCUAUUGCUAUGUGUGGAGAAUUCGAAGCCUUUAACAAUUAUGUUUUACCUUUAAGUUUGUUUUGCCUUUUGACCCAUAGGGCAACAAGAGAUGAUAAGCGUUGUAGAGAAAAAUAUGGUAAAUUAUGGUAAGAGUAUUGUUCAAUAGCCAAAUUCAAGAUUAUUCCAUUUAUAUUUUGA